AUGAAUUACGUGGCACAAGGACAAUUGAAAGAACUGAAGGCGAUGUGUCAUUCUGGCUUCGAUCCCAAUUUUCAAGAUUCGAACGGAAGGACACCACUAACGCUGGCCUGUUCAACACCGGACCGCAGAAAUAUUAUCAUGGCGUUGGUUGAGCAUGGAGCGCACAUUGAUUUUCGAAAUAAAGAUGGACAGGUAAAUGCCAAAAAGUUAAGAAGUUACGUGGUAUUAAAGUAG